AUGGGAGUGCACAACGUUCAGCUUCUCUGUCAGCAAGUUUGCAGCAUGGAACAACUCAACUCCUCUGUGGUCACUUCUAAUAUCUCCUCUCCUGGACAUCCACCUCUUGCCUCCUGGGACUCCAGAGGUCUGGUCCCUGCGGUGGUGCUGUCUGUCUGCUUCCUGCUGGGAGUUCCUGGAAACAUCGCUGUGAUCAUCCUCAGACCAAACUGGGAGAACAUGUCCAGUCUGAGCCAGAUUCUGAUGCUGAAUUUGGCCAUAUCAGACCUGCUCUGCCUGAUCACUCUGCCUCUGUGGAUUUACACUCUAGUGUAUGGCUGGAAACUUGGCCUGGUGGCCUGUAAGCUCCUGACCUAUCUUGUGUUGUGCAGCAUUUAUAGUAGCAUGCUGACUGUGACUGUGCUAAGUGUCCAGCGCUACCUCCAGGUGGUGCGCCUACAGAAGUUCUUAGAUCAGCGAGGAAGGAGGAGGCUGCUGGUUCUGCUCUGGCUGGUUGCAAUGAUCCUGUCUAUCUCUCGUUUAGUGGUUCGGCAGCUGACCACAAGUCAGCACUGGACAAACUGCAAUUAUGGCUUCUCUUCUGAGGCCCAGCAGGUGGCCGUGCAGCUGACAGAGACCCUGAUAGGAUUUAUUUCAAUUUCUGUUGUGGCAUUUUCAUACAUUGGCCUUUACAGAACAGUGGACCAGGCAGCUUUCUUCAACAACCCACAGACGACCCGGCUGGUCACAAGUAUCACUGUGACCUUUUUUGUCUUUUGGAUGCCAUAUCAUAUCAUAAAUGUGCUCGGUGUGGCAAGUGUUUUACUCAAAAUUGAGAGCCUGAUGAAGUUUUUUGUGGACAGCAGGGGCAUUGCUGCAGCACUGACAUUUGUGAAUAGCUGCCUGAAUCCACUCCUUUAUGCGUUUGCUUCUAGAAAAAUGUGCACAGUGUGCCAACAAAGGGAACAUUAA